AUGUCUAAGAACUCGGAGCUCAUCAACCUGUCAUUUUUAUUAGAUCAUGAGAAGGAAAUGAUCCUGGGAGUCCUAAAGAGAGAUGAAUACUUGAAAAAAGUGGAGGACAAGAGAAUAAGGAAACUGAAAAAUGAACUCAUAGAAGCAAAACGGAGAAGUGGGAAGACUCAACAGGAGACCAGCCGAGUCUGUGUUCAUUGUCUGAGAAACCUGGGCCUAAUCUUUGACCGGGGAGACCCGUGCCAGGCCUGCUCACUAAGGGUGUGUAGUGAGUGUCGGGUCGUGGGCCUCGAUGGCAGCUGGAAGUGCACUGUCUGUGCCAAAGUCGCGCAGCUAAGGAUUAUAACUGGUGAGUGGUUUUUUGAAGAAAAGGCAAAGCGUUUCAAGCAAGUAAAUGUUUUGGGCACUGAUGUUGUCCGACAGUCCAUCUUAAGAAGAAGUCCAGGAUUUGAAGAAGUACAAAGCCAAGAGCAAACCCGCCAGGAUGUGGAAAAGUCAGACAUUUCAUCUUCUGCUGGGCAGAAGACCAGCCAUGAUGGACCCAAGAGAAAGGGAUUUCUUCUUAGCAAAUUCAGAUCAGCAACCAGAGGAGAAAUCAUAACUCCAAAAACUGAAAGUGGACGGAGCUACAGCUUAGACUUGGACAGCCAGAAUUUUCGGAGUUUAAAGUCAGCCCCUGGUUCAGACAGGGGAAGCACCGGUUCAUCAGAUCUCAACGAUCAGGAGGCUGGUUCUGGGACCCCAAAGAGUGGACGGAGCAAUGGUGUGACCCCUGUCACUCAGAGGUCACCAGCCCCAAGCACACGAAGCGUGACCUCAGUCAGCAGUAGACAUAAUUUUGAAAAUUCCAUGGGUUUGGCUGCCAUUGAAAGCACCUCUGAGGAACUCACAAAGAGUCACCGCAGAAACACUUCAGGCACACCUUCCAUAGCAGUGUCUGGUACCUCUCUCUCUUCAGACCGGAGUCAAUCUGAGUUAGAUUUGAGUGAGUCAUGUGCGGAAGACUUAGAGGAUACUGUAAGCAUAAGAAGCAAGUCUGUCCCUGGGGCUUUAGACAAAGAUUUGGACUCCUUGGAAGAGAUUGAAGAAGGCGUUGAUGGCUUCAUGUCCUCCCAGUUAUCUGCAAACACUCACAGUCUGGCAAGCGGCCUGUCAACUAAUUCUCGAGCAGGCUCUGACAGAAAGUGGAGCUACCUAAAUGUUCCCGAUGCUGACUCAGACACUACCAGCCUUAACAGCAUGAUGAGUGUUUACAGUGAGACAGGAGACUAUGGCAACGUGAAGGUCAGUGGUGAAAUCCUUCUCCAUAUCAGCUACUGCUACAAAACUGGCGGCCUCUACAUUUUUGUCAAGAAUUGCAGAAAUCUGGCCAUAGGAGAUGAAAAGAAACAGAGGACAGAUGCUUAUGUCAAGUCAUACCUUCUUCCUGACAAGUCUCGAAACAAUAAACGCAAGACUAAAAUCAGAACAGGCACCAAUCCAGAAUUUAAUGAAAUGCUAAAGUACACUAUCAGCCGUACCCAGCUGGAAACAAGAACUCUGCAGCUCUCAGUCUGGCACUAUGAUCGAUUUGGACGUAAUAGCUUUCUUGGGGAGGUAGAAAUUCCUUUUGACUCAUGGAACUUUGAAAAUCCAACAGACGAGUGGUUUGUGCUUCAGCCCAAG